AUGACUGAGAUUAUCAAGAAGGAAGUUGGUUUCAAGUGGGAGAAGGCACAGGAGGAAGCAUUUCAGACUCUUAAGGAUCGACUUACUAAUGCACCUGUUCUUAUGUUGCCUGACUUUCUUAAAACUUUUGAAAUUGAGUGUGAUGCCUCAGGAAUCGGAAUAGGAGCUGUUCUCAUGCAAGACAAGAAGCCGAUUGCCUACUUCAGUGAGAAACUUGGAGGAGCCACUCUCAAUUACCCAACCUAUGAUAAGGCUGCAAACUUGGCAGCAUUACUUAUGGCCCAAGGAGUUUGUUAUCACACUGAUCAUGAAUCACUCAAGCACUUCAAAGGCCAACAGAAGCUCAACAAGAGGCAUGCUCGCUGGGCCGAGUUCAUAGAAACCUUUCCCUAUGUGAUCAAGUACAAGAAAGGUAAGGACAAUGUCGUGGCCGACGCAUUGUCUAGACGGUAUACACUUCUCUCUACUCUUGAUGCCAAACUCUUAGGCUUUGAGCAAAUUAAAGAACUAUAUGCUUCUGAUGCUGAUUUUUCUGAUAUUUAUCAAGCUUGUUCUAAGUUUGCUUCUGGUCGCUAUGUGAGACAGGAUGGGUUUCUCUUUUAUGAGAACCGCCUUUGUGUGCCUAAUUGUUCUUUGAGGGACUUGUUUGUCAGGGAAGCACAUGGAGGAGGACUUAUGGGACAUUUUGGAGUUGCCAAGACUAUACAGAUCAUGAGAGAUCAUUUCCAUUGGCCACACAUGAUUAGAGAUGUGGAGCGCAUAUGUGCUCGCUGCACCACUUGUAAGUUGGCCAAAUCCAAGGUCCAACCCCACGGUUUGUAUACUCCUCUCCCUAUUCCAUCACAACCUUGGACUGAUGUUUCCAUGGACUUUGUUCUUGGUUUACCCAGAACUAGACAUGGAAAGGAUUCCAUUUUGUGA